CGUCAUGGGGUUCCCAUCACGUCAAGGCGACAAAAUCGUCUACAUUUAUCUGUGACGCAACUUUCGGCUCAUUAUCGAUGGUGACGUCAGCAUUAAAGAUCAUACGAGCUCUUCGUGUGCGCAUAUGAGAGCGUGGAGAGCAACAACUUUUGCAACAUUAGAAUACACCGAGACAAAUGUGACAUAGGCGGAGGUGCAAAAGAAAGGCAAGAAAGAAUGGGCAAUGAAAUGAAAAUGAGCAAAUUCCUCAAGUCCCUCUCUGACUUCUUCUUCACGUAUGAGACCCCACGCCAAGUGGUGGUCAGGAAUAAAAAAGUAGGUAUAGUGUGUCGCCUCGUCCAGGUGGGAGUCUUUGCUUACAUCAUCGGGUGGGUGUUCAUGUAUGAGAAAGGCUACCAGUCCAAAGAAUAUGGAGUCAGCUCUGUCUUCACCAAAGUGAAAGGAGUAGGCUACACCAAAGAGGGGGAGCAUUCGGGAACGGUCUGGGAUGUGGCCGACUAUGUGUUCCCACCGCAGGUUGGUCACUGGAUGAUGACUGUUGGUGACACAUGCAACAUAGAUAAUCAAAUGUAUAUUGGUAAAUAGUCAAAUAUA